AGGGGAGAAAGGGAGGGCAGAGAUCGAAAGAGACCCGGAGAGAUAAAGCCUGAGGCGAGAAAUAAUUCAAGGGAGAGGGGAGAGGAAGGGGUGGGGGGAGAGAGAGAGAGAAGAGGGAGAGCGAGAGGGGACGGGACCGGGAGGAAAGAGCGAGAGAGAGAAGCGGAGGGAAGGGAAGUGAGUUUGUGCGCGCGAGUGAGUGUGCGUGUGCGUGUGCGUGUGAGUGUGCAGGGGCGGGCGCGGGCGGGCGGGGGGCGGGCUCCCGGGCUCCCCUCCUCCCCAGCCCGCUCCUCGCGCUCCCUCGCCAACUCCGGGCCCCAGCCGCGGGCGGGCGCACGGCGGGCGGCCAGCAUGCUGAGCCUCCUCGUCUGGAUCCUCACUCUCUCCGAUACUUUCUCCCAAGUGCCGGCUUUGGCUUUGCCAGGAACCCAGACCCGCUUCAGCCAGGAGCCAGCCGACCAGACUGUGGUGGCCGGACAGCGGGCCGUGCUCCCCUGUGUGCUGCUCAACUACUCGGGGAUCGUGCAGUGGACCAAGGAUGGGCUGGCUCUGGGCAUGGGCCAGGGCCUCAAAGCCUGGCCGCGGUACCGGGUCGUGGGCUCUGCGGACGCCGGGCAGUACAACCUGGAGAUCACAGAUGCUGAGCUCUCUGACGACGCCUCUUACGAGUGCCAGGCCACGGAGGCCGCCCUGCGCUCCCGGCGAGCGAAACUCACCGUGCUCAUCCCUCCGGAGGACACAAGGAUUGAUGGCGGUCCUGUGAUUCUGCUGCAGGCAGGCACCCCCCACAACCUCACGUGCCGAGCCUUCAACGCCAAGCCUGCCGCCACCAUCAUCUGGUUCCGGGAUGGGACGCAGCAGGAAGGCGCUGUGGCCAGCACGGAGCUGCUGAAGGAUGGGAAGAGGGAGACCACCACCAGCCAGCUGCUCAUCAACCCCACAGACCUGGACAUUGGGCGUGUCUUCACCUGCCGCAGCGUGAACGAGGCCAUCCCGAGCGGCAAGGAGACGUCCAUCGAGCUCGACGUGCACCAUCCUCCUACGGUGACCCUGUCUAUUGAGCCGCAGACGGUGCAGGAGGGCGAGCGCGUCAUCUUUACGUGCCAGGCCACAGCCAACCCCGAGAUCCUGGGCUACAGGUGGGCCAAGGGGGGCUUCCUCAUCGAAGACGCCCACGAGAGUCGCUACGAGACCAAUGUCGACUAUUCCUUCUUCACGGAGCCUGUGUCCUGUGAGGUUCACAACAAAGUGGGGAGCACCAAUGUCAGCACUUUAGUCAAUGUCCACUUUGCCCCCCGGAUCGUAGUCGACCCCAAACCCACGACCACAGACAUUGGCUCUGAUGUGACCCUCACCUGCGUCUGGGUUGGGAAUCCCCCCCUCACCCUCACCUGGACCAAAAAGGACUCAAACAUGGGGCCCAGGCCUCCUGGUUCCCCACCCGAGGCUGCUCUCUCUGCCCAGGUCCUGAGUAACAGCAACCAGCUGCUGCUGAAGUCAGUGACCCAGGCCGAUGCCGGCACCUACACCUGCCGGGCCAUCGUGCCUCGGAUCGGAGUGGCCGAGCGGGAGGUACCGCUUUAUGUGAAUGGGCCCCCCAUUAUCUCCAGCGAGGCCGUGCAGUAUGCCGUCAGGGGUGACGGUGGCAAGGUGGAGUGUUUUAUCGGGAGCACGCCACCCCCAGACCGCAUUGCAUGGGCAUGGAAGGAGAACUUCCUGGAGGUGGGGACCCUGGAACGCUACACGGUGGAGAGGACCAACUCGGGCAGCGGGGUCCUGUCCACGCUCACCAUCAACAACGUCAUGGAGGCCGACUUUCAGACCCACUACAACUGCACCGCCUGGAACAGCUUCGGACCAGGCACAGCCAUCAUCCAGCUGGAAGAGCGAGAGGUGUUACCUGUGGGCAUCAUCGCAGGGGCCACCAUCGGCGCGGGCAUCCUGCUUAUCUUCUUUUUCAUCGCCUUGGUGUUCUUCCUCUACCGGCGCCGCAAAGGCAGUCGCAAGGACGUGACCUUGAGGAAGCUGGACAUCAAGGUGGAGACCGUGAACCGGGAGCCACUCACAAUGCAUUCUGACCGGGAGGACGAUACUGCCAGCGUCUCCACGGCGACCCGAGUGAUGAAGGCCAUCUACUCGUCUUUCAAGGAUGAUGUGGACCUGAAGCAGGACCUGCGCUGCGACACCAUCGACACCCGGGAGGAGUAUGAGAUGAAGGACCCCACCAAUGGCUACUACAAUGUGCGGGCCCACGAAGACCGCCCAUCUUCCAGGGCAGUGCUCUACGCCGACUACCGUGCCCCUGGCCCUGCCCGCUUUGACGGCCGCCCCUCUUCCCGCCUCUCCCACUCCAGCGGCUAUGCCCAGCUCAACACCUACAGCCGGGCCCCAGCCUCCGACUACGGUCCUGAGCCCACACCCCCUGGUCCUGCUGCCCCAGCUGGCACCGACACCACCAGCCAGCUGUCCUACGAGAACUAUGAGAAGUUCAAUUCCCAUCCCUUCCCCGGGGCAGCAGGGUACCCCACCUACCGGCUGGGCUACCCCCAGGCCCCGCCGUCCAGCCUGGAGCGGACCCCAUAUGAGGCAUACGACCCCAUUGGCAAGUACGCCACGGCCACACGGUUCUCCUACACCUCCCAGCACUCGGACUACGGCCAGAGAUUCCAGCAGCGCAUGCAGACGCACGUGUAGGGCCAAGCCUAGCGGGGCAUCUCUGCGGGGCAGAGGAGAGGCUCUCACAGCUGUUCCCUGAUAUUCAGGGGCGUUGCUUGUUGUUGCUCCCGUCCUGGGCCAGCCUUCCUCCUCCCACUGUGGCAGGCGGGGAGCAGGUCUCCCGGAAACACCCCGUCCCGGGGAUGGUGCUCUGUGCGUGCCCCAGCCUCCUGGGCCUGCCCUUCCCUCUUCUUUGGGAGGAUGUGUCUCUUCUGACCUGCACUCUCGCCUGGCCCCAGCCUGGGGAUGGGGAAAGUGAAGGUUGUGGAGAGCAGAGGGGGCACUUUUUAGCAUUCCCUUUCUAUCCCAGCCCUCUGGUCUGCCGUGAGUGGACGGGGGGGUCACGGGGGGUGAGCAGGCUUUGGCCCAGGGGACAUGACGUGUGGGGGUGGGUGGCUCUGGCACAGAUAGAUGGGAACAGGAUAGCCUGGCCAGUCCAUCUGCCGUCUACAUUCGUACCUUGGGUCCAUCUCUCCCUCCUCGGGACUGCAGAAGGGACCUUGGAUUUAUUUUAGCCCUGGCACCGAGUUCAGAUUCAGCCCUCAUUCAGCUGGGAUUAAAAUGCCAGUCAUCCUGGCUGCCCACUGUGGACACCUGUCUAUCUGCCUGCAGAGGGACUCAGGUAUCCCUGAUGGGGCUGCCCCCUUUCCUCCUCCUCAAUGCUGGGCCAGCCAGAUAAGUCGGGGAGUCGUGAUGGAGAAGGAAAAGUCAGGAACCAUGUCCUGAGUCACCAGCAAGACAGGGGUGUGCUACAUAGCAGUUUCCAGAACCCACGCUAGAAGGAGCCCACCCAAGCCCCCCCCUUCACCCCCCCCCCCCCAGUCUGCCCCACUUCCUGGCUUUAACUCACAAGCCUGCCUGGGGAGUGGUGAGGUGAGGGUGGGGGGUGCUAUAGGCUAUUUUUCAAAGAUAACAAAAAAACAAUAAAAACCUCAUUUGGGGAAAAAAAGUAGAAGAAGAAGCUAUAGGGAGUCCCCCACCCAAAUACAAAUCCCAGGGGAAAGGAAAGGGGGCGUCUGUUCUUCUCCAUCAGAUUCCCAACACCUUUCAUUACUCUCAAUCUCGAAGCACUUUGAAUCCAUUUUUAAACAUUCAGGUGGUGAGACCUGUCACCCGAUGGGCUCUGAUAGCACAGGGAGGAGGCCUGGCUAUCAGGCUCUGCUGUCCUACCCUAGGGCCGACCAGCUGGUUAGAGAGGCCACCUUCCGGGAGGCAUAGGAGAUGUUCUCUUUAGACGGGUUUUGGUUUAAGUGUCUAUUUUUUUUUUUUCUUGGACCAAUCAGAUUCUUUCUUCCACUUUCAGUGCCUUGAGUGUCCAGCUUUGGUUGACCGGCCCUGUGUGGGUGGCUGCGCGGGGAGCCGGUCCUGUGAGCGCAAACUCACUGCCAAGUGUUGCAGAGUUGAGGGGACAGACGGGUGAGGGGGCAUGGAGAGGAAGGGCGGACCCAGUAAGGGCACCGCAGGCGGCUCGCCACGCCCACCCUCACCUCCACACCCACGUGCACGCACACCCACACCCACACAUGCAUUCCACACUCUCAGCCGCCACCUCCUGACCAAAGAGAACCGGUGCUCCAAAGAGAACUCGCUCCCCUGCCCCAGCCCCCUUUCCCAAGAAGCAGGGUCUGCCCUUCCCCCUUGCUCGGCCCUGACGGGGCGGGUCCUCCGCUGCAAUUCCCAGAAUGCGCUUUGCCCUUUCUCGUGGUCGCCAUUCAUAAGUCAUGUUCGCUUUAAUGAGUUACACACUCAUCAGCCACGCACCAUCACCACCCUUGCGGAUGCGUCUGUGGGGUGACAUUCUUCACCAUCCCCUGGCUGGUAAGGACCCGCUCAAACCCAGGAAGAAAGUGGUUCCAGUUCCAGCCUCUCAGGCUGCCUCUGCCUCCUCCUCCACUUCAACGGGGGAAGUCCAGUAGCCCGGCGCUUCCAGAGGCAUCACAAGCUUCUGGCGCUAUUCCGCCCUUACCCCUGGAAGCGGACUCCUUCCUGCGGAGUCCUUUUCUGCGAGCUCAGUGACAAGGUCUGUUAAGGAUGCAGGUUCCUGUGCAAAUUCAUGCAGUUUUCUUGAUUUUCACAGAAGCCAUGGGGAUUCUAAACAAAGUCUAAAGGGGGUGGCUUUUUAAACAGAAAUAUUCCAAAAGAUGUUUACUUUUGUUUGGGGUGUGGCCACAUUCUCUUGUUUCCUCCUUUUUGGUUUUAGCACUGAGUCCAUUCUGUUGGAGAGGAGGAGGCCCUGAGGUCGUUGGUAACUAAGCUGACACUGCGGGGACCAUGGGUUUCGGAAGUCAGACACAGGGCUAGUUUCCUGUUCUCUGUUCCUUAACACGUUACAGUACCUGGGUACCAAGCAAACACUACGCAAGGCACAGGGAGGUGUCAGCAACCAAGGCCACCUCUGCCCUCUGCAACUUGCACUCUGGUCUGACCAGAAUCUGAAUUGGGACCGACCUGUUAAGCCAAUGGAAUUGCUUUUCUUGGGGGUGGCAGGUGUCCUUGAGCAGGGAGAGUUGCUGUCUGAGACUGGAGUCCUCCAGCGUGGUGCCUCAGUACUUGAUGUGGCCACUUGGUGAUCCUGACUGCCUCUGCCAUUCUAGUUUUGGUGGGAAGAGCAAGGGGUCAGGAGACUUGGGACCCAGCUCUGAAGCUGUCCUUUACUGAGUGAUCUUGCCCUAACCUCUUUAGGUUCAUUGCCCCCUAUUUUCUGGUCUUUAAGGUGAGGGGGGAGAGUUACACAAACCUCGAUUUAUCCUGCCCUUGCUGUAUUCGUUUGGUCAGGUGGAAGGGCCUGCCAUCCCUGGCAAGGAUUUGGGAACAGUGACUGAGCAGGUGAAGGGACAGGGGAGUGGAAGACUUCAAGAGAAGUGGACUUCGUCAUCUUGUCAGAAGUGUUAUGAAUGAAUUGUCACUAGGAACCCCUUGAUCCCAAACAGCAACAAAAAGCAUAUCCUAAACCUCAGAGAAAUUGUUGUGGGAUUAUCCUUUGUCCAUUGUGCUGCUUCCCACUCAAAAUCCGGACAGUUUUGCAAAGCUGUCCCUGGCCAGGGCAGGGCAUGGUGAGUUUCCUUUGCUGUGCCUCCAGGUUUCAGGCAACCUUUUCUGUUGGGGGAAAAUGGAAGUGGCCACCCUCCACCCCAGUCCUCAGGAGCACUUCCAUGGCCCAGGGACAGCUGGCCUCACUUACUGAGCAAGGGGAAGCCUGCAGGCUGUGUCUUGAGCCAGAGGGAGAGGUGUGAGAACAGCUGACCUCUCUGUGAGGGAGCAGUUAGGAAGGGCAGCCGGUAGAGUGAAGAGGGAGUCCAGCAGUUUUUGACUUCAGUUCUUGACCUUGAAGAGGUUCUUGUAGUUCUGGAUGACCUAUAGUCUCCUUGUGGAGGGCCCAGCUUGCAUCCUAAAUCCCGGAUCCCUCUAAGUCUAGGCACAGAGUUUGCAUGAAGCAAAAGCCACCAUAGGUCAGAAAGGAACGCAGACAGGGAUGGGAGUGGCGCUACGCUCUCACAGAUGUACCUUUGGAGAUGAAGGAGGUCAGUUUGAUUCCGACCCCCACCGCUGUCCCUUUUCCAGGCUCUAUGCCCUCUCCUUGUCCCAGCAAGUGCUGCUUUCCUUAAAAUUUUGAGGGCAGCCUUUUCUACUUUCCAGGAUGGAGCACACUGCCCUAGAGUCUUGUACUCUGGUGCCCUCUCGUUAAACGGGUGGCGCUCUGUCAGGAGCCACAAGUCUUGGGCUCCUCUGAAUGGAAUCAGAUGGUUUCUCAGUGUACCUGACCCGUGUACAUAGCGGUGCUGGGCCAUUUGGGUUUGGAGAAAACCACGGGAAAACCAAGACCCCAGGUGGACUGAACUGGCUCAAUCACUGCCUCCCUCUUUGCUGUGAGGGCGGUUCUGCCCCCACUACUGCAUGCCCAGACACCCCUGACUUCUCUGCCAGUUCCUGCUGUGUGCCCUGGGCUGGGUCACCGCUCUGUGCCUCUACAGGCCCUUCUGCAUGUUGAGGAAAUCACCGGAAAGGCGUUAGUGAAGCUUCUGACCCUGGCGGGACCAGUAAGGAAAUGAUGAUAGAACACUGAAGUGCACAGACCAAGGGAUGUAAUUGGAAAGGCAUCUAUUUUUGUGAAGAGGCUAUAAAAUUAGCAUUUAAAUAUCCCAUCCCCUUCUCCCUGCCUCCCUCUUAUCCCCUCAUGAUCUCUCUCCUUUCCUGGGGGCCAGCCUCUUUCUGAAAGGUGUUGGCCUCGCCUGUGAGCUGGGUCCUGACAUUCCACCUCUGGGCUGCUGAAGAGGAUGGAAAGAUGUGUGGCUCGGGAGAUAGUCCUGAGUUUGGGGGGUGGGGUUGGGGGAGGGGGGCAGAGUCCCAUGUUCUUGCAUCACUGUGAGGGAGCUCCAGGCCCUGUCCCUGGAGGAAUCAUUGCUGCGCAGAAGUCAUGGGCCAUACUGGGCGGUUCUGGUACAAGCCUGCCCUGAAAAAUAAUAACAGUAAUGAUAAUAAUAACUCGUUUGCGUUGAGCUAUCACUCAUUCCUACCGAUCUCCUAUCCCCUAGUCCUGGCUUUUUGAUGUCCCCAACCACUGGCCUUUGCAAGUGUUGGUGGGCCAUGGGUUCUUUUCCCUUCUGGAGCUCUUCAGAUGCUGCCCCCUGGGAGUACCCCCAGCUCGGGAGAGCGCAGCCAAGCUGCCAGUACAAGCAAACUCGCGACACAGUCUUGCUGGCAAUAGUGACCCAGAAGAUUUGGCUGCUGCUUCCAAUCACAUCAGAAUGAGGCCCAGGGCUCCCUGUGGUCCCUUUUUCUACCCCACUGUUCUUGGGAUUACAACCUCCACUUCUGGCUCCAGUUAAAUCUUCUCCACCCAAACCCUGGUAAUGAAUGGAUCCAUGAUGAUAAUUAAGAGAAGAGAAAAAAAAAUAUUAUUUUUGUUAGGACAAACCAUCGUAGAUUUUUAGCAAUGUGUAUCUGUGUGUCCCUCACACCUUUUCCUAUUCUGCCUUUCUUCAUUUUCCUUUUUUUUAAAUAUUAUGUACUAUAUUUUUAGUCUCAGACACACUAUAUAUUAUAUAUAUUUAAUUUUUUUAUAUAUAUAAAUAUAAAUGUUUUAAAAAGUA